UAAUUCUCACGGAGCCAGAUCUCGCGGGAUGGGGAAUUGCGUCCUUCCCUUCCUCAAGCCUGCUCCGUUCACUUUAGCAAAGGGCGCUUCCGGUCGUGGGGGUACUUUAUUCCGCUCCCACCGAGGGUCCACCUUACUGCACUGUUAUAUAUAACAAUCUUGCCCAUCUUGCCCACUAUCCUGUGCGCCCCACGAAGGCUCUGCGAGGCCCCCGGGGCGCUACGGCCCCCCGCCGGUGAUUGACAGGCUGAGCGGCCCAGGAGCGCGCAGGCGUGGCAGCUCCUGCUGCGCUUCCGGGACGGCGCGGUGGGACGCUUUUGGCUCCGGCGGCGGCGCUAGCGGGGAGGGCGGCCGGGAGGGCGCGGCCCGCACUCCGCGUACUGGGUCGCGGCGGCGCCAUGCGCUAUAACGAGAAGGAACUGCAGGCACUGUCCCGGCAGCCGGCCGAGAUGGCGGCCGAGCUGGGUAUGCGGGGCCCCAAGAAGGGCAGCGUGGUGAAGCGGCGGCUGGUGAAGCUGGUGGUCAAUUUCCUCUUUUACUUCCGGACGGAUGAGGCGGAGCCCGUCGGAGCCCUGCUGCUGGAGCAUUGCAGAAUCACCCAGGAAGAGCCCAGCGGCUUCUCCAUCAGCUUCCUGGAGGAUCCCGAGAGGAAGUACCACUUUGAGUGCUGCAGCGAGGAGCAGUGUCAGGAGUGGAUGGGAGCUCUGCGUCGAGCCAGUUACGAGUUCAUGCGGAGGAGCCUCAUCUUUUACAGGAACGAGCUGCAGAAGAUGACAGGCAAGGACCCCCUGGAGCAGUUCGGCAUAUCGGGGGAGGCCAGGUUCCAGCUGAGCGGCCUGAAGGCGUGAGUCCCUGGUGGGGCUCCCUGGCUUCCCUGCUGGGCGGGAGUGAGCCCUCCCCACCCUCACUGGCCCUGACUUUCCUGGCCAAGCCUGGAUUUGUGGUGGGAGGCAUCUUGGCUUAAAGACUUCAAAAGCCCGAGAACGGUGAGAGUGGGCAGGGCUGCCUUUUUGGAGUAACGGCCCAGCAAGCCGUCUCCAGAUGCACUGGGGCCCUCUGGGCUGGCUUGGCACCUCGGUGUCACAUGCUGCUGUCAGGGGGUGAGUGUCCACUCCCAGGAGUUGUGCCCACUCCCUUGGGAGUGUCCAUCCGGGCCUGGUGGGCGCCUGAGGCUGGCGCAGCUCCCCUGCCCCGUGCAGGCUGAAUGUACAAAGUGAGAUGAAGCUGUGAAGGGCGUGGGGCCGCGCUGGGGCCGCUGUGAAUUCUCUUACUGAAGGGACAGGCCCUGGCCGGACGCCUCUGGGCAGAGCUGGAAGGUUUGCCCUCGGGGCGGCCAGUUUGUUCUGUUCAAAUAAAAGUACCUCUUUUCCACACGGG